AGUUUUCUUGUCCUCAACUAGACUGAAAGUUGAAUGAACAAGUAAAAUGGUUAUUUUAACUCAAAAAUGUAUGUUUAAACAACUGCAAUAGACUUUCUGUUGAAUUAACAAGUAUAAUUGUUAUUUUAAUUUAUAAAUGUAAGUUGAAACAACUGCACAAAAUUUUCUGCAGGUUUUACUUCAAUUCUAAUGCUUUAAUAGCAGUAAACUAAACAAUUUACUGUGUAAACUAAACUUAAUUUAUCUAUCUAUCUUGCUGUCUGGUAGAUUGCAUUGUCUUAAACCCUGAACUUCAAGCUUUUAAAACCGCUUUAAACAUAAAUCUUCAAACUUAACGACAUUAAAUCUAUUUCAAACUUUCUGCUCAGGUUUUCUCAAGCCAAUGUCAAUGGUUGUCUUGUAGUUAUCACUACUGUGGUAUAUAUAAAUUAAUUACAGUGUAUUUUAUUUUAGUGUGUACAUUAAAAAUAGUUGUUUACAAUUAUGAGCACAGAUUAAUUAAAUUACACCAAAAAUUUGUCAAGCUGCUUCAGUUUUUAUUCAUGGUCAGAUUCCAAUUCAUCAUGGGCGGAAUUGGGCGAUUCAUGAACAAUGAACCGCUCAAGAUGAUUCGCUGAAUCAUUUUUUUUCCUCUGAGAAUUUUCGAGAGAAGCCAGCGGAAACUGGAUGAUUUUCCAUGUUGGACAACACGUGUCUUCAGAAGAAAUUGAGUGAUACAGAGUUCAGUCAAGUUGAUUAAAAGCUGCUCGUUCACCAACUGGACCAAACCGGAUUUUUACCUCAGUCACUUCAUCAGAUGCAGAGCGCCAGAUAUAGGUUCAGUCAAGUUGAUUAAAAGCUGCUCGUUCACCAACUGGACCAAACCGGAUUUUUACCUCAGUCACUUCAUCAGAUGCAGAGCGCCAGAUAUAGGUUCAGUCAAGUUGAUUAAAAGCUGCUCGUUCACCAACUGGACCAAACCGGAUUUUUACCUCAGUCACUUCAUCAGAUGCAGAGCGCCAGAUAACGUAUAGGUUCAGUCAAGUUGAUUAAAAGCUGCUCGUUCACCAACUGGACCAAACCGGACUUUUACCUCAGUCACUUCAUCAGAUGCAGAGCGCCAGAUAUAGGUUCAGUCAAGUUGAUUAAAAGCUGCUCGUUCACCAACUGGACCAAACCGGAUUUUUACCUCAGUCACUUCAUCAGAUGCAGAGCGCCAGAUAUAGGUUCUGUCAAGUUGACUAAAAGCUUGUUCACCAACCAGAUUUUUUUACCUCAGUCACUUCACUUCAUCUCAGUUGCAGAGCACCAGAUACAGAAACCUGCAACAAAAUGAUUCUUCGUGUGAUUUUGUCCCCUGAGGAUAUUAGGAAAGUUUACAUUGAUCGGCCACAAUCCAUAGAAUCUCUUCUGUCAACACUGAAAAGCAAGCUGAACAUACAAAGUGAUUUUACACUUCAGUAUGAGGAUCCUGAAUUUGACCAUGAGUUGUGCAACCUAACGACUAUCACUGAACUUCCUCCUGAAAAGGCAACCCUUAAAGUUAAUUGUAGAGCACCACCCUCUGACUCUAGCCAGUCAGAUGUGACAUUAGACACAGCGGUUAUGUCAUCAUCGUCUGACUCGAGUAUCAAGAAUGGAAAUCCUGGAUCAAUAACUGCAAGUAGUCGCUCACAGCAAUGGCCUGUUUCUUUUCCCAUUCCAAGCUUUUCAUAUGAUGUAGAAUUACGUUUGAAACGUGGAAAUGAGCAAUAUGCUAAAGAUGGCUCACUGCUCAGCCUAUCCAAGGAUGUUAAAUCUGAGAUUCUUGACAAACUUGCCACUGCAAUCUAUUCUUACAAGGCGUAUCCAUCCAAUGAGGAGUUCGAGUCUGUUUCAAGGGCUCUCACAGAGACACAUCCAUGCCUUAAAGAACCGGGAUCGGCCACAGGGUGGUAUGGAUGGAAAAUAAGCCUUAAAUUCAAAAUGGGAAACUUCCGAAGUAAACUUCGUGAUGCUGGAUGUCCAGAGCUUACUGUUACUAGUGAAAAAUGCCAUGCUUCAGAUAGAAAAAAAUACAAAGUCAAGAAACCCCGAAGAUCGGAGACCAAUUUUCUACCGGACUUACCUGCUGGAUCAAGUUAUACUGCUUUGGAGACUGAAAGGAAAGAUAUACAGUGUGAGAUGACAAAAAAAAAUCCAGACUGGCAUGUAAUUGAUGCAGCUAUGGAGAAAACUUUCUGUGCCAGAAGAAAGGAGAUUGUAGAAGAUGAGCCCACAGUAUCAGAAAUAAGGAGGAGAUGGCCUGCACUUUUCACUCAAAGACAAGUUGCUCUUGAAUUCUGUAGGCUUGUCUCCAUUGAUUUAAAAAGAACAUUCUUCGAAGGGCUUGACAAGCAUCUACCCAGGCUCCUGCAAUUAUACACCAAGCGAAGCAAUGAAGUUCCAGAACUUCUGAAUGUGUUGAAGUGUCUGGAUGAACAGAGUUGUAACCAGAAGAAGAGGGGAGCAGUUAUUUUGGGCCUUCCAUACUACAUGAGGGAGAAACCAGAAAACGUCUUCAAAGUUUGUGAGCCGACUGACAAUGAGGUCGAUGUUGUUCAGAGUGUUAAGGUGGGCAUCUUGUCAGUGAGCGAGGACACCAGACAAGAUUGUGCCUUCCCAGACGACGUCGUGAAUAUGGCUGUGAUACUGGAGGGGGAGAUUGUCAUUGUGGAUCUCCAAGACAUUCCAAAUGCCUUUGUCACAUUGUUUGGACUGCUUUACGCUUUAAACAUCAGCUAUCCCAAAGAGCUGCGAUACACCUUUGAGGUGAUCCAGCGGAUCUUUAUGAACAUUGAUGGGGAAAGCUGCUCCGCUAAAGUUCAUGGACUGAAAAACCAACUAAUGCGGUGAAGUGCCUGCAACCUUUGCUAUGUCCUUUUUUUUUUCCUCUCUUUUUUUUUUUUUUU